AUGAUGCUGGUUGAAGGUGUCCUACAAAGCAAGUCUGGUGGUGAAGAAAUUUUGCAGGAGUAUGAAACUACAGAAACCCUAACUGAUGCCACAAGAAGACAAAUGGUGAACAUAUUGGUGGCUGACAUGAUUGAUAAACAUGGGCACCUCCCUACUAAAGCAAUCAGAGAGAAGUAUGCCUUUGGAAUAGUGACACUCUUCCCAUCCCUCAAGGAUCCAUACACCAAAAAAGGCUAUAUUGAUCAAGACUUCAGUCUUCUAUUCAAUGAAGAAACCUCAUCCAGACUGCUGCAGAAGUGGGAUGUGUUCUUCAAACCAAAUGUCAUCAAGGAGGCUAAGCGUUUCACUUCUACACCUGAGUUGAAAAGUUUGGUGCAGUCAGCGGAAAGUCUUCAAAGUGCAGGAGGACAGAAGUCUCCAAAAAUCAGUGCAAGUGAUGCAGUUGAGAGACUUGUUGUCUUUCAUAAGUCAUGCUGCAGUUUAGAGGAGCAUCUCCGGGGUCAACGGGGUCUGCAGCCAUACCUCCUUGCUGUUGGGCGUCAGAAGAGCAAGAUUGACAGCUUCUACAUCGUCAUGGAUAAGUGCCUCAUCCCAUGCCAGACAAACGGUUCUCUUGGAGCAUUUGAUGAGCUAUUCAAAGCACAUUUUGUGUUUAAUGUCUCUUAUGAUGCUGCAUUGAUGAAUUUCUACACAUUUCUGCAGACAACAGUGUAUAACAUUGACGUGGGCAAAAUUAAGGAAUCGCCCAGAGUUAGGGACAUGAGAGCAAGGCUGCUAAACCAGUCCCUUGUGCUCUCUUGUGAGUAAGUCAGGCUAAAAAAUGUUGACCUGUUUUAUGUGUCAAAAACUGUAUCCAAGCAGCCAGAAGUUGAUUUCACAUUUAAGACUUGAACAUAGUUAUUGUCCUGGACCAAAAUUCAAAUUGUUAUGUUCUCAGCGUGGCUGCAGGCAUCAGUUUCUGACAUACACAGGUUUUCGAAAGCAUCUUAAUAAUGUUCAUAGCACUGUUCAGCAAAUUUCACAAAGUUCAGCUAUUCCAAGUUCUUCAUCUUGUAAUACAGUUGUGACAUGUCAAACAGAUGUUUUGGAUGACCAGUUAACCCCUUUAAAUCAGUGCUGUUCUUCUGAUUCUUCUCAUGAGAGCAUCUCCUCACAGAUUUCUACAGAUCAAACUAAAGAGAUGUGUGCAUCAAUAGUGGCUAAAUUACAAGGCAGUGGAAUCUCUGGCAGUCUAGUGUCGUCAAUUGUGGGGGAUUUAGAAGAACUAACAAACAAGAU